AGAAGGACCCGCGGCAGCAGCAUUAGAAGUCCGAUCCUCCGCCAGGAAUCAUUUAAGAUGCUCUAAACCUCCGGAGAAGAAGUGCAAGGAAUCCAUCAACAAGUUUUUUUUUUCUUCCAAUUAGGGACAGAAGAUGUUUCCUUCUUGCGUCUGACUGCUUUUUGUUCUUCCACGGGAGUACAACUGUUGUGUGGAAUAGAAUUGCGCACUUUGGGGAUUUUAACAUUUUCACAGAUUUUUUUCUUUUCCCUUUUUCUUGACACACUUGGCAAUUGCGCACAGUUAUGGCGCAAAGGUACGACGAGUUGUCUCAUUACGGAGGCGGGAUGGACGGAGUAGGAGUGCCCGCCUCCAUGUACGGGGACCCCCACGCCCCGCGGCCCCUGGCCCAGGUGCACCACCUGAACCACGGGCCCCCGCCGCACCCCACGCAGCACUACGGAGCGCACACACCGCACAGCAUCAUGGCGGGAAGCAUGGCGGGCAGCAUGGGCAGCGCCGUCAACGACGCACUAAAGCGAGACAAGGACCAAAUUUAUGGUCAUCCAUUAUUUCCACUUCUCGCUCUGGUGUUUGAAAAGUGCGAGCUGGCCACGUGCACGCCCAGAGAACCAGGAGUGGCGGGAGGAGAUGUUUGCUCCUCAGACUCUUUCAAUGAAGACAUAGCAGUGUUUGCAAAACAGAUCCGCGCGGAGAAGCCUUUAUUUUCGUCAAACCCAGAAUUGGAUAACUUGAUGAUUCAAGCCAUCCAAGUGCUACGCUUUCAUCUACUGGAGUUAGAGAAGGUCCACGAGCUUUGCGAUAACUUUUGCCAUCGCUACAUCAGCUGCCUGAAGGGCAAAAUGCCCAUCGACCUGGUCAUCGAGGAGCGAGACGUUUGCAAGUCGGACUUUGACGACCUGUCGGGUUCCUCUACCAACCUUGGAGAUCAUAACCCAGCAUCCUGGAGAGACUUGGACGACGCCCACUCGACACCCUCGGUAGGGACCCCGGGCCCGUCCAGUGGGGGACACGUCUCUCAGAGUGGAGACAACACAAGUGAACUCGGAGACGGCCUGGACAACAGCUUAGCGUCACCAGGCACAGGAGAUGAAGAUGACCAGGACAAGAAGAGGCAGAAAAAAAGAGGCAUCUUCCCCAAAGUGGCUACAAACAUAAUGAGGGCAUGGCUAUUUCAGCACCUUACGCACCCGUACCCCUCAGAGGAGCAGAAGAAACAACUAGCACAAGACACAGGCCUCACUAUCCUUCAAGUUAACAACUGGUUCAUCAAUGCAAGGAGGAGAAUAGUUCAGCCUAUGAUUGACCAGUCCAACAGAGCAGUGAGUCAGGGUACAGCAUACAGUCCAGACGGCCAGCCCAUGGGAGGUUUCGUCCUUGACGGGCAGCAGCACAUGGGUCUACGACCUGGAGGACCAAUGGGAGGCAUGGGCAUGAACAUGGGCAUGGAUGGACAGUGGCACUACAUGUAAUCUUCUCCUCUGAGGCCAGCGUCAAUAACAGGGUAAAGCUUCCAUGGUCGGCUCAGGGACGUUCUUCAUGCAGCUGCGGAGCUUUGCAGCUGCCAGUCAUACCUACGUGACCACCCUCACGCCCCCUGUUGUCUUUGUUGCCCUGUGGCUGCACACAUGUAUCGAGAGGUCAAACCAUCCAUGUCCACAUCAAGAACACUGAAAGACUGUUGGCUGUUGAACUCCAAUGGGGGAAAAAAAGACUUAAUUCAGAGGAGAACAGUCAUCUUCUACUCCUACUUAAAUUAUUUAUUUAUUUUUAUACCACACUGCUCCUUUUUUGCCCUUUUCUUUUUGUCCGUCUCAUCUUAACGAGAAGCUUUACUACCAAACCAGGAAAACAGUAAGGGUGUUCAAAGUGCGGCCGCCGGGGGAUAUUUGCAGCUCUUUUGUUGUCACGUCCAGAAAUACCAUUAAAGACAAAUAUUAGAUAUUAUUAGGGCCACAUUUUCAUCAAUUUCAUACUAAAAACAUGGAGAUGUAGCUUUUCUAUGUAUAAUAUUUUACUUGUUACAAUUGAUUUCAGUGUGUUUCAUUAACAGAAAGGUGAAAUAUAUAACACAUUCUUCAUUUUUUGUAUGCCACCCUCCAUGGAAAACAUUUGGACACACCUGAUGUACACUGGUAUGCACAAACACACACAUAAACACUAUGGGAUAUGUUUGACAUUGGAAUUGUGCUGUUUAUAUUUGUGCUUGUUUCUUUUGUAUAUUGCUCUAAUUCCCUUGCAUUUUCUUUUUGUAUGUGACUCUAGGAAAACAUAAAAAUUGUGUUUUAAUGAAUUCAAAAACACAGCGUGGGAAAGUCUGCACUAAGCCCACAAUGUUUAUAAGUAUCAUUUUUUGUUUCACUGUUAACGUAUUCCGUCAAGGCGCCAGCUUUUCCUACUUUAAUGACGCUCCUUGAACGCACCGCUGGUGCAGAGCGCAGAAGUAAAUAUUAUGAAUAAUAUAUUUGAUGGCGACUUGUCCAGGGUGUACACCGCCUUCCGCCCGAUUGUAGCUGAGAUAGGCGCCAGCGCCCCCCGUGACCCCAAAAGGGAAUAAGCGGUAGGAAAUGGAUGGAUGGAUGGAAUUUACUUUCUCUCUGACACAGAUAGACUCCUUUUUGAUCUCUCAGCUUUGUUCCCGAAUUGUGAAGCUGUGCGUCUAAAAAGCGCACAGCCUAAUAAAAUCAACUCAAUGCAGAAAACAUGUAUUUGACUUGAACACAUUUCAUUUAUUUUAUAAUUCUAUUUUUUUGUAGUUACAAUCUGUUUAUGUACAAUUUAAAAACAACAAAACGAAAAAAAACUGAAUUACUUAAAUAUUGAACCGUCGUCCGUCCUCUCAGUUUUUAUACGUAGGGGAACUUAACCAAAAUUAUCAGGUAAACGAUCUCGUUUUUCUUCUUUUUUUGCCUUUACAGCUAUUUAAAACCAUUUAACAUUUGUAAUGCUUUUGAUAGAAUGUCAAAGGGACAAGCGGUGGGAAAUGGAUGUAUGGAAUUGUUCUUCAAUGAACUCAUAGCAAAAAAAAAAAAAGAAAAAAGAAGAAGCUUUAUAGUCACAAUAGCAAAAAUGCUAAAUUACACUCAAUAAAUGUCACUGUUUCAAUUGUUUAGCAUAUACAUGUUCUUUGUUUGUGUGAAUGUGAGUGUGAAUGUUGUCGGUCUAUCUGUGUUGUCCCUGUGAUGAGCUGGCGACUUGUCCAGGGUGUACACCUCCUUCCACCCGAAUGCAGCUGAGAUAGGCUCCAGCACCCCCCGCCACCCUAAAAGGGAAAAGCAGUAAAAAAUGGAUGGAUGUUCAAUGAAAUUCUACCACAUUCAAUUGAGGAAUAAAUUCAUCAUGAAUUCGUCAAUGUGACAUGCACGUUAUGAAACAUAUCCAGCUUUCACAUCAAUUAUGCUGUGGUUUAGUUUAUUAGUACAGUAUUAAAUAAUGAUAUGUAUUACGCAGUUACAAUACAUGCUUACAUUUGCACAAUUCAAUACGAGCUUAUUCGCGUCACAAUUACCAAUAGUUUUAUUUUAUUAUUUUAAUUCAGUGAAAAAAAUCGUAUUUAGGACAAAUAUUAAACGUCUUUCAUGUUUAGGCUAAGGACCACAUGGGGCCUAAUCCAAUGCUUUUAUAUAUAAUAAUAAAGGAAUGGGAUGUGGGAAAAUAGGUUUUGAAUUAAAAAAUGGAGAGGUCGCUCGUGGGUGUUGGAGGAAAAAGAAGAGGUGACGUAUUUGUGUUUGGGUUCGAUAGCAGACGUGAUUGCAGUGGUGUGUUAUUGGAUUGUUAGUGACAGACAUGAUGGAUGCGCCUUCACUAAUUCUAACAUGCUGCGGCUUUUCUCUUUGUGCGCGUGCGCGUGUUUCAUUCAAUGUCUGUGUGUGCGUGGGUGUUUAAUUUUACGUGUGGGCGUGCGCGCUUCAUUUCGUGUGUGAGAGACGUGACCAAAAUAAAUAAAUAAAUAAAUUGUCUGCGAGGUGCUUUUCGUUUCCCCGUUUUCAAAUACACGACAAUAUGUUUUUUUAAGCGUCGUUUGGUUGCUUUUGUGCGACAAAGGAAAUAAAAUAUUACACAUGCUCAAAGAACACAGAGCUAUGAGGUCGUUUAUCAGUGUCACGCUGCAGCGUGUCCUCAUUGCACCCACGACCCAAGGAGAAUAUAAACACGCUGAUAAAUAUUAAUUUUACAUGGCAACAUAAAAUAGAAAUGAAUACAAAAUUGCUAUUAUUUUUCAAUAAGUAAACAAAAAAUCAAGUAUUAUUCUCACUGCAUAUAUACGUUAAUAUUUAUUGUCACAUCCCACAAUUAUUUAUAUUUUAAUUAUAACACUUAUUAUGUAUUAUGAUUAUAUUGACUGUAAUUAACAUUAGCCGACUCUUAUUUGUAUUCUUAUUGAUGUCAUUUUAAAUUAUUUAAAUUCUGACUUCAAGCAAAAUAAUUACAUUGAUAAAAUACCGCAGGAUAAACAUUGAGGGUUUAAAAACAAUAAAUUCCCCCUAAAACAUCAAAUGAAUAUUAGCCGAAUAAAUAUGUUUGUCAUUUUCUUUUAAAUGUAAAUGUCAACACUUUGUUUUGCCUUAUAAAAAAAGAAAGUAAUAUACGUUACGUUUUAAUUCAAUUUAUGAACGAAAUAUUACAUCCUCUUCCGUGCGUGUGUGUGUGCGCGUGUGCGUUUGCGUAAGCGCCAACAGGCCUAAUUGGUUCUCUUGUGCAGACAAGAUAAAUGCGUUGUGAAAGCUGCCGGAAACGUGCGCCUGUGCAUAUGAAAUAUAGGUCAGCUGCAACAACUCUCGACCAAACAUUCAUGCACAAACACUCAUGCACGAAUAUUAAAGUGUUUACAAAUAUUAAUGCACAAAUGUUAAUGCGCACAGACUUGACUUUUAACUGCAUCUUGUAGGGUUUUUUAUGCAGCAAGAUAGAACAACAAAAAAUAACGUGAUGGUGAUAAAAACAAUAUUUCUCGAUAAUACUCAGUGUAUUUAUUUGUUUACAAUAUGCAGAGGGCCAAUAGAAAACCCUGUGCGGGCCGACAAUGCUCUCCUCCACCCCGAGCCGUACACAAUAAAAAAAUAUUAUAAUACACCUAAUAUAAUACAAUCCUAAAAUGAUUAAAUGAAUUAAAUGUAUAUUAAAAAUGCAUAGAGAUUUUUAUUAAAUGUGGUGCUCUUUUUACAUGUUAUUUAUUCGCCUAACUUUCCAUUUGUAUUUCAUGAAAUGGAAAUAUUUACAUUAAAUGCUGUAUAGUUUAAGUGUAACGUGUAGUAUGAAAGCAAUAAGAAUUUUUUAAAAUAAAAAAAUAAUAAAUAUGAAUAAACACAUUGCGCAUAUGUGAAAAAUUGUUACAUAUUACAUUUUUGGGAAAAGUGACUUCUGUACAUAUGUAUAGUAUGAAUGUAAAGAUGAUAUAAACACACUGUUUGUAUUUAACUGUGCACGGUGGCCUCACAUGCAAGAGUCAAUGUGAAAAUAUAUAUAUUGUCUUUAUAUCAUGGCAACAAAACGUUGUAAUAAUUCAAUUUAUUCUUCUUGACUGACAAGAACUGGAUAAAUGUUAAAUACAAAAAAAUAUAUAUGACAAUGUUAAUAAAAAUAA